UGAGCUGCGAUUCCAUGCGCAGCCUUGUUUUUCUCCGACGGUGUAAGUGAACAGGCGAGAGCCGGGGUCUCCUCCACACCCAAGGGGCGGGGACCUGCCGGCGCCGGGCGGGUGACGUCAUUGAUCCGGGGCUCAGUGGCCAAGAUGGCGCCUGUGGGGGAGAGGAAGGUUCUGGGCGGAGCGGCUGAGGGGCAAGAGGCGGCCGAAGAGGAUGAGGGCCACAACCUCUGGACGUCGAUCCUGAGUGAAGUGUCUACCCGUUCUCGAUCCAAAUUACCCACUGGGAAAAACAUCCUUGUAUUAGGUGAAGAUGGCUCAGGCAAGACAACACUCAUGGCGAAACUCCAGGGUGCAGAGCACUACAAGAAAGGGAGGGGAUUGGAGUACUUGUACCUAAAUAUACAUGACGAAGACAGAGAUGAUCACACACGAUGUAAUGUAUGGAUUCUAGAUGGUGAGCUGUAUCACAAAGGCCUUCUUAAGUUUGCGGUUUCUGCGGACAACUUGAAGAACACAUUGGCGGUCUUUGUGGCAGACAUGGCCAGGCCUUGGACUGUCAUGGAUUCUUUGCAGAAAUGGGCCAGUGUCUUGCAAGAGCAUAUCGACAAACUGAAAAUCCCACCUGAAGAAAUGAGGGAACUGGAACAGAAAUUUAGCGUUGGAGGAAUUUUGCUUGUGGCUACAUCAUCAUUCUUUUAUCAGUGA